AUGGAUACAAAUAUGAUCCACCUUCCGGGCAUAAGGAUUGCACAAAUACUGACAGUAGUGACGGACGGUGAAAACGAUCUGCCGUCUCAAUUCGGUGAUGAUGACGCUCUCCUGUCCAUUGCGGGUACCGAUGCUGACUUCUCCCAUGUUCGAAGUGCUCCUCCCUCAACGGGGACAGGACCAGUUUCAGAAACUAGUUCGCUAAACUCUGGUUUUAAGACUUUAAAGACUUCCGAAUUACGGCGGAAACGGACUUUAGACAACGCUAUGCGAAAGUAUCAGGUGGAAGAUUCAUCUCAGCAUUCUUCCGAAACUCUAAAGUUUGCUACGGCAGGGCUGAUUGGCCGAGAACAGGAAACAUCCUUACUAAAAGGGUCGUUUCAUCGAUUAAAAGCCAACACCGACACGACCGGCACAACCGAUUCUGAGCCGAGAAAAGAGUUGGUCUUGCUAGGAGGUACAUCAGGAGUUGGCAAAUCAUCUAUUGCCAAAGACUUGAAGGUAUCCAUGGAACGAGAAAAGGUUGGAUACUUUGUAGAAGGAAAGUUUGAUAUGAAUACGAGGGAUGAACCAUAUUCAGGUGUCUGUGAUGCUCUCGGGAUCAUAUGUCACCACAUUAUUGAACGAAAUCAGCCCGAUUCGGUUGCUAUUGUCAGAGGGGAACUGGAACAAAAGUUGGGGGAAGAAUCCUCCUUGCUUUGUCAUCUUAUUCCCGAAUUGAAAGGUAUCAUGUACGACCAGCCACAAGAGCCGUCUGAUACAACAGGAGGUGCUGUUCAUUUAGAUGUGGAAGAACUGGAGAACGGACUGGAUCGAUUGCGAUACGCUUUUCGAAUACUGAUACGAGCCCUGAGUGCGGAAUUUGCUCCCCUCGUCCUCCUGUUAGAUGAUUUGCAAUGGGCGGAUGUAUCGUCUCUACAAGUUCUGGACUUUGUAAUAUCCGAUACCCAAAAUCCUAAUCCAAUCAUGAUUCUUGGAUGCUAUCGGUCAGAUGAAGUGGAUGAGAACAGUCUGCUUUACAACAAGAUCCAAUCCUUACGCGACAAAAGUUCUAGAUUUGCCUUUGCCAUGACGGAAAUCACAGUUGAACCCUUCUCGGCCAUUGAAGUCGAAAAGAUAAUUAUCAUGGCCGUUGGUUCGCAUAGCAGCGAAGAGACACUGAAACUUUCAGAAGUAUGCGUCAAGCGAACUCUUGGCAAUCCAUUCUUUGUUUUGGAAUUCUUGAAAAUGCUUCGGAAUGAAGGUUUGAUUGCCUACAACGAACCAUCGCAGAAAUGGACUUGGGAUCUAGAGAGGAUCGAAGAUGCGACAAUGUCGACCGCCAAUGUGGUGGUAUUGCUGCAAGAACGAAUGAGAAAACUGAGUGGCCAAAUGCAAGCCUUUUUGCAAUAUGCAGCACAUCUCGGAUCUUCCUUUAGCGAAGAAACGAUAAAAAUAAUAUGGCAGACUUACGGACGAAGAGUGGCGGAGGGCGAGAUGGAAGCAGUACCGAAAUUGUUGCAGUUGGUGGUGGAUGGCAAUUAUUUGGAAAAGUUGGACGCAACACACUACCGAUGGGUACAUGACAAGGUGCAAGAAGCGGCCUUGUAUUUGGCUGGGACUCUGCGGGAAGCUCAUCAUCUAGACAUUGGAACAUCCUUGUAUUAUUGCUUGGAAGCGAAACAGCUCGAAGAAGAUCUUUUCAAUGUGGUCGAUCUUAUCAACAAAGGCAACAUCAGAAAGCGACCCGAAUUUGCUAGCGUCAACUUGCGAGCCGCCGAGAAAGCAAGAGGGAUCUCUGCAUUCGCAGCGGCAGCCAAGUACGCAGCACAUGGCAUCGAGCUGCUAAAAGACACCCGGUGGUCACAGAAUCGUCAACUGACACUCCGACUUUACACCAUUGGAGCGGAAAUGGAGCGAGUAUUGGGAAACGUGGCAGUGGCGGAAAGGUACAGCUCGGAAGUUUUGAGUCGGCCGGAAUUGGACAAGUUGCAAACCCUUCCCUUGAAACUAGGAAGAGCGAGCACACUCUCCACCGUCCAGUUGAAAUUUGAAGAAACAGUUUCUUAUUGUUUGGACGUACUGAAAGAGCUGGGAUGCAAAUUAUUCGUUUCUCGCAAGCUCUUGGCAUCACAAGCAAUCAUAACCCUUAUUCGAACGAUACGACGAGUAAAAAAUUUGCCCCUGGAUUACUUUGACAAAGCCAAGACGAUGGAUGACGAGAAGCAGAAGGGUAUUUCUGCAUUGGUCGCAAGGAUGUUAAUCGCAGCCUAUCUUUCUGGCGAUAUCAUGCUUGCAAUUCUAAGCGCUUGCAAGCUCGUGGAAAUUUCAUUACAUCAUGGUAUCAACGAAUUCUCCGCGAAAAGUAUUACGACUUUAGCAAUUGCAACGAUCGUUGUCCAGCAGGACUUCAAAGCGGCGACAAAAUUCAACGAUAUGGCACUCGGUCUUGUAAAAAAACACCGCCGAAUGCACAAUGGCGAGACUAUGUUCAAUGUGUACAAUCAUGGGCAUAUAUGGGUGAAGCCAAUGGACUCUUGCCUACCUGCUGUGUGGGAUGCCUACCAAUUUUCGACUCGAUCUGGAGACGUUGAGUAUGCGGGCUGGAACCUCGUACUACACCAGAUCCUUCUACCAUUCUACUUUGGGAAGCCUUUGCCGCAAAUUCUGACGAAGUGCCCAGCAGUUAUGCAUCAAUUGGAAGAAGCAGCGCAAUCACAGCAAAUAUUGAUCCACAAGAUCAUCUGGCAGACAAUGGCGAAUUUACAUGAUUCUUCAUGCCGAGAGCCAGGAAAAUUAGAAGGAGAAAUCUUCAGCGAAACUAAGAAUACUGGAAAGGAUAACCUUCACAUCGCAACGGUGCUUCUGGCUAAAGGCGAAUUGCUCCUAUUUCAUGGCGAUUAUAGUUGCGCGGCCGACAGGGCAAUUGAACAUGGCGAUCUGUAUCAAAAGAUGAUUCCAGCUAACUUUGCCAACAUUUUCGAAACGUUUCAUCGAGCGCUUGCCUUGUACACAAUGGCUCUUCGAACACGCAAGAAGAAAUACAAGAAAGAGGCUCUAAGGCUGCGGCGUAUGAUAAAAAGGUGGGUUGUUGCAAUUGAAAACCCCGAAUUCAACUACUUCAAGACGAUCCUCGACGCGGAGCAGUUUGCGAUGGAGAAGAAGCAUGAAAAAGCAGAAAGGCACUACGACGAAGCAAUCAAAUCAGCGACAUCCCGUGGGCACCUCCACCAUGCUGGUUUGUUUCGGGAGCGAUAUGCCGAAUAUCUCUUGCGUGAACCUGCAAAUCGAGGGAGAUGCAACGAGCAACUAAAGGAAGCCAUAGCCUUUUACAAGCAGUGGGGUGCGGAUGGCAAAGUCAAGACACUCGAAUCCAAUCUGGUGGUCUUGGGUGUGGAAUUGUCAGCUGGCUGA